AAAAUGGUAAAGGAAAGGCAGAUUAGAGAAUAAUAAAAAGAUGAUAGGAUAGAAAAAGAAGGUACGGUUGAUAGAUAGCAAUGGCAUCAUCAUUAUUAUCAUCACAACCGUUGCCACUAACACUACCUUCACUUCCAACCUUUCUCUAUUAUAAUCAAAUUCACACACACUCUCUCUUUACCAACCGAACUCAAUUCACCAAUCUCACCACCGCAUAUCGUCGAACAUCUACCGUGCUUUCCUUCGUUCCCUUUGUUGGGAAUGAAGAUACUGAUUUCCUUGUUUCCUCUACACAGCAUCUUGAUGAUGAUGAUGAAGACGAAGAACCAACCGCUGAGGACCUUGAAUAUGUUGCCCAAAUCAAAAGGGUUUUGGAGCUUCUUAGGAAAAACAGGGACAUGCUCUUUGGGGAGGUCAAACUAACCAUAAUGAUUGAGGAUCCUAGAGAUGUUGAGAGAAAAAGAUUACUUGGUAUUGAAGAUCUUGAUGCCCCAACAAGAGAUGAUCUAGUUGCCGCUUUGGAAGAAGUGAAUGAUGGGAAAAUUCCAAAGGAUAGAGUUGUUCUUCAGAAGCUUGCUGAGGAAAUGAUUUCUUGGCCUAAUUUAGAGGCUGAACCAUUAAAGAAAAAGCCCAAAAAAUCUUUAUAUGCAAAAACCACUGACACCGGAAUUGAUCCUCAAGUGGCUGCAAAGAGACUAAACAUUGACUGGGAUUCUGCUGCUGAAAUUGAAGAUGUGAAUACUGAUGAUGAAUCAGAUGUGCCUCCAGUGUUGGGCUAUGGAGCACUAUACUUGGUUUCAGCUUUCCCUGUAAUUAUAGGUGUUUCAGUAGUUUUGAUUUUGUUUUACAAUUCCCUCCAGUAGAAACUGGCAUUGCACUCAAAUUCAGUGUAUAAUAUAUUACUAUAUUGAAAUGAGUUAGUACUGUAUAUCACAAUGUUCACCUAACAUCAA